AUGCACGAGCUGCAGAGCCACGUGGACAUCAUGGAGCUCCCACCCCUGUCCUUCCUGAUCACGCUGGGCGACCUGGUCUCAGCCUAUGCCCUGAAGUCUGAGCCCUUUCUGGUGCUGACGCUCAGCAAACUGCGUUACGUGCUGCCGCUGGUGGAGACGAGCCAGAUGAAGCGGGCGCUGUGUGGAGUGGUGCAAGGCUUUGCUCACGCUGCCAACAUGAAGUUCCAGGUCAGGGACGAGGUCCCGUUCCCCAUCAAUCGGGCAGCCAACUACUGUUUCCACGUGCUCCCUUUUUUCAGUCUCAUGAGCAGCAGCUGGCUGAGCAGCAAGGACCCAGAG